AGUCGCUUCCUCUGGGUCUCCAUGUCAAUAUUUAACUCAUGAACCUUUUCUGUUUGUAAUGCUGCACACACGGGGCAAUGUCCUCCCAAAUACUCCCUUCCUGCAGAUCUCAUGAGAACAGUCAACAUGGAGGAGAGCGCCUACAACAAAUUGAUACACCGGGAGGACCCGAGUGUGGACGAGCCGCCGCUCCACUCCCACCAGGAGAAGCAAGUGUCCUUGUCAAUGGUGAAUCCCGCAACCAAUUGGACUUCUCAAAGAGUGCUUGAAAUCACGCUGGCUGGGCUUGCCGCUGUCCUGCUAGCAGUGGAUAUUGGCCUGGGAGUCUAUUACAACAACCUCACAGACGAGUCUCAGGUGGUGAUGAGCAUCAGCCGUGAGGUGGCUGCGCUGAACACGGCCUACGAAACCGCCUCAAAAAAACGAGCUGAGGCCGAAAUGCAGUUGGCGCAAGAGAAGAGAAAGCAUCAAAUGAUCAAGUGGCAGGUGGAACACCAGGCGACAAGAAGCACCGAUGACAAAAAGCAGGCAGACAAAAUCCAAAUGGACAUUACUAUCUUAAAAUCCCACAUACCAAUGCUAAAGGAGGGCUGCAGACAUUGUUUACCAGGCUGGACUUUAAUCAACUCGGCAUGUUACUUCCUUAGCUUCUCUGACACGUACUCUCGCAAGUCGUGGCAGGAAGCCAGGGAGUUUUGCAAAAAGCAUGACAGCGACCUGGCGAAGAUAGACAGUUCGGAGAAACAGCUGAAAAUAAAUCAGCUGAUAAAUCUUCAUUAUGACGAAAGGAAACCCCUUCACCAGAGUGGCUUCUGGAUCGGAUUGCGAGAUGUGGACAGCGAAGGAGAGUGGAAGUGGCUGGAUGGAACAAGACUGAAUGAAGGUUUCAGCUACUGGAAUCACGGUGAGCCCAAUAACUUGCGCGAUGAGGACUGUGGAGCCAUCUUCCCCAGAAACAAUCCCUUUCAAGGCUGGAAUGAUGCCCCGUGCAUUUACAACUACAAAUGGAUUUGUGAAAUGGCAGCCAGUUAG